GUCAACUGCAGUUCUAGCCUAGCCUGAAACUGGCCUAGCCUACCACUAUUCAAGCAUAUGAUAUUUUAUAGUACAAUAGGCAGUCUAGGGAUGCGACCAGUUGUCCGGUCUUUGAGAAUGCGUCGCGUGUCGACAGAUCGCAGCGCAAGCAGAGGCACGUGCUAGCUUGAAUGGACAGUCUCGGAACGCUAUUGGCUGAUCGAUCACCGUCAAAUCUUCCUAUCCUAAGUUGAAUAUCUGAAGUUGAAUUUCGUUUCCGUUAACUAUGGCAGCGCGAAUUCGCGUGCUGAACGUGGUUGCAGCGGUCGCGAUCGUAGUUAUUCUCUAUCACGUCGGUCGAGCGCUGGACUGGGAGUUAGAAGCGCGGCUGCAGGAAUACAGAGAGGGCUUUUCGGACGCCACUGCCGCUUCGACGCAAGCAAUCGCGGAGGGAGGAGACGUUCAACCCCUCGGCAACGCGCGAGGUCUCGAGACGGCCUCACUCCAGGGUCUGCCGAAGGAAGCGUCAACUUCUCUCAUGGCUCUGCACGUGGCUGACCCCGACGCCGCCAUGCCAGUCAAAACCGUUUUAGUGGAGGAUGCGGCAGCAGGAUCAGCUGGAGCAGCGGAAGAAGUAGGAGCAACAGCGGAAGGGCGCAGCCAGGAAUCCCCAGGCAGCUCAGAAGGCGGCUUGAAUCUACCAUCCGAUACAGCUGAAGUAACGAAUCCGACAGCAGGAACAACUGCUAGAGAAGCAGCAACAGAUGCUACCUCCACAAAUCCACCCACCGCAGACUCACCUGGUGCAGGUGCAUCUGGCGACCAGCAGUUCGCCACUGGCGUGCGUCCCAUCCUGCACGAAGGCAGGCCCCUACUGCCGGACCUGAAGCGGGAGAUCUGGGAGAAGCCUCCCCUAGGUAGCGCCGUCCCUGCCAGGGAGGAGUUCGCCCUGCGGCACGAGAUGGUGCAGCACCGGCAGAGGGAGAACGUGGUGGUCGUCACGUUCGCCAACCACGCAUAUCUGGAUUUUGUGCUCAACUGGGUGCGGCACCUGACAGAUCUGGGCGUGUACAACAUCCUUGUUGGCGCCAUGGACACCAAGCUCCUAGAGGCUCUCUACUGGGAGGGCGUGCCUGUGUUCGAUCUAGAGAGCGGCAUGACCACAGACGAACCUGGGUGGGGCACGCCGGUGUUCCAUGCCAUAGGGCGGGAGAAGGUGACCCUCAUCAACGUCUUCCUGUCGCUGGGAGUGCAGCUGCUGCUUUGUGACACUGACGCCGUCUGGCUCCGGAAUCCCCUGCCUUACAUGGCUCGCUACCCGCAAGCUGACGUUUUGACUUCCAGCGACUAUCUCACACGCUCCGUGGAUGAUGAGUCGCUGGAGCACUGGGAUCGGGUCCAGGGCCCGUACAACAUCGGCAUCCUGCACUUCCGCCCCACCGAUCCGGCAAAGCACUUCGCCCGUGCGUGGGCAGAGCAACUAGCAGGAGACUCAAAGUUGUGGGACCAGAGGGGGUUCAACGACCUCAUGAGGCAGAAGCUGGGGCCUGAUGUGCACCCCGAGGGGAAUGAUAACGUCUUCUGGGCGUUCGAUGGCACGCUCAAGCUGGGGAUCCUGCCUGUGGCAUUGUUCUGCUCUGGCCACACUUACUUUGUGCAGCACCUGUACCGCAAGAUAGGUCUGGAGCCAUACGCCAUGCACGCCACUUUCCAGUUUACCGGCACGGGCGGCAAGAGGCAUCGCUUCAGAGAGGCCAUGGCGUUCAUUGACCCGCCUGAGUACUACGACCCUCCAGGUGGCGUGCUGUCAUUCGUGAAUAACAUCCCGGAGGAGCUUCUGAUUGGGGGGGAUCACUCCUUGCAGACCCACUUCAACCUCGCCAACUACCAGCUAACCAAUCUCAGAUCAGCUCUCGCCAUUGCAACCAUACUCAACCGAACUCUGGUCCUCCCAGCCACGUGGGUCCGGUUUGACCGACUCUGGUUCCCACACCUAGGGAUUGUAGAAGGCACCGACACACCACAGCCGUUCCUGUCGCCCCUGGACCACCUGGUGGACGUGCAGCGCAUGCUGCCGGGGAAGCUCAAGGAGGACGAGUUUGGCCCUGCUGUGCCCAUUCGGGAGUACUCCUUCUUUGACAACCCGCGGACACCCCAGGCGCUGCUCAAGUCGAAGCUCGCAGUGGAGCUGUGCGACAAAGGCUCUCCUGACUGUCCUCUCACACCAGACCCUCCUACUGACAAGAUCCGAAUAAAGAAGAAGUCACAGCAGACUGAG